AUGCUCAGAGGACAAUUUGAAACCUCAAUUGCAUCGACAACAAUAAUAACAACAACAACGAUAACAACAAAUAUUAUCAUUCAUAUUAAAUUUAAAAAUACGAAUAAUAAAGAAAAGCAAAAAAAAAUAUUCUCAUUUUUUAUUUCAAAUGUUCAAAAAUCUACUAUUGUCGUCAUCAUCGUAUAUUUAUAUAAUAAUAAUUUUCUAUUAUUACCAUCAUCACCAAAUAUUAUCAUUAACAUCAUGCAACAGGCAAAUGAUACUUUAUCACUGAUAUUACCAAUACCAACCGAUAUUAAUGAACUUUAUAUACUUAAUGAUACAUUUACAUCACCAUCAAUAUCUACAAUAAUUAAUAAAAAUUCAUCAAGUUAUUGGGCAUUUUCAUUAAUUAUAUUUCCAAUUUUAACAAUAUUUGGAAAUAUACUCGUUGUUAUUAGUGUUUAUAGAGAAAAAUCACUUCAUACUAUUACAAAUUAUUUUGUUGUUAGUUUGGCUAUUGCCGAUAUUACCGUUGCAUCAAUUGUUAUGCCAUUUGCCAUUUAUCUAGAGUUCAAUAAAGUAUGGGAAUUAUCUGAUCGAUUAUGUGAUUUUUGGGUAGCAUCCGAUUGUAUGGCCUGCACUGCUUCCAUCUUGAAUCUGGUUGCAAUUGCCGUAGACAGAUACAUUGCGGUAACUAAACCUCUUAAAUAUGCUCGUCAUAAAAAUCCCAGACGUGUUUCGAUAAUGAUUGUUGUUGUGUGGCUUAUUUCAUUUUUCAUUGCUUUACCAAUAGUCAGUGGUGUGAAUAAAUCCGAUGUUGAACCUUUUUCACGAUUUAAAGGCAAUUGCUCAUUUUUUAAUAAUAAAUUUCUUAUCUUUUCAUCGUUGGGCUCAUUUUUUAUUCCAUGCAUUAUCAUAUUUGCUAUUUAUUAUCGAAUAUUUAUGGUGAUUAUGGCACGAGCGCAAAAAAAUCGUAAAUAUUUAAGACCAAAAGCGGCUAUUGAAUUAGCUGCAAAACAACAUCGAACGACGGCAAAUGAUUUAUUAUUGCAAUUAUUUCGUGAUCGUCGUCCUAAAGGUACUGCAACUGUAACAGAACCAAUAGUUGUUAACAAUACACUGGAUGAUAACACAUAUAAAACACCAAUGCCACCGCUAGCAACGACUAUACAUAAUGCUGAUCAUUUAACAUUAAAACUAACCGCACCUGUUCUACCAUCAAUAGUUGCAGGCUCAUUAAAUAUCACAAGUUCAUCGGGUGAUAUUCCCGAUGAUGAACGAGAUGAUAUUGCCUUAUUUCUACAUCAUAACGGUUCAUUUGAUAAUGAUAUUAUUACCAAACCGUCCAGCUCUAUUCAAGAACAACAACAAAAACAUACGGCAUCACAAACCGAACAAAAUCACAAUAAUCGUCGAUUAAAAACACGGCUGAAAAAUAAAGAUGAAAUAAUAACAACAACAGCAAUAACAUCAGUCUUAGAAAUAACACCAACGAAUAAUGCUAGUAGUAUAGUAAAAAACAAUAAAGAUAUUGCUAAAGCGGCAAAACGAAAAGCACAUUCACAUCAGAAAAAAGAACGAAAAGCAACAAAAACAUUAGUCAUCGUUUUAAUAUGUUAUUGUUUAUCCGGUUUAUAG